AUUAUUUAUGUCGUUGCACGUUCACAACAUGCAAAAUGAAUAAGAGGCGAUUCAUAGAUUUAAAUAAGUUCUAAAAAUCCGAGAGCUUAAGGGGCAAUAAUGAAGCAUGCACUGGUAAUAUUGGUAGUUCUACUAUGCGAUUCGGGAUUUCUAACUGUCUCUGAGGUAAUAACGUCCCAGUAUCCAGGUAUCAUAUUGGAGUGCAGAGAUCAGGAUGCCGAAAAAGAAUACAAGUGCAUACUAUCAAAAUUUGACAACCCAGGUUGGAUACCUGACAAGGAACAUGACAUACAACUGAGAGUCCGACAAGACUUCUUUUGGCACCCAACAAAACGAAUUCGACGAGAGUGUAGACAAUUGACAAGAGAAGAAUUCAAGGAAAUGGUUGAUGCUAUCAAUACUUUAAAGAAUGAUAAAUCUUUGUUUCCAAGUGUGUAUGACUUUGUAGCUGAUUACCAUACAAAUGAAGCAGUGAAGUCUGUUCAUUUUGGUUCCAAUUUUUUUGGCUGGCAUAAAAUGUAUAUUUUAAAAUUUGAAGAGCUUCUCCGAAGAGUUAACCCUAAUGUAACAUUAUGUUACUGGGAUUCAAGGUUGGACCAUCACAUGAGAGACCCUACAAAAUCCGUCAUGUUUACAUCAGAUUUCUUUGGGAACGGUAAAGGUCCAAUAAAAGUAGGACCAUUUGCAGGUUGGAAGACAAUACGAAAUAUUCCUUUGGUUCGAGAUCUUGGUAAAACUGGGAAACCUAUUUCUUAUAAAUUUAUAGAUGGUAUGUUAUCGAAAAAACACCACUUCCAAAUAACCACGCCUACAUCAGACCCUGAUACAAAUGUUGAAAAUAUGCAUAAUUUGGUGCAUGCCUUCAUUGGUGGUCAAAUGAACAAUUUCAAUACUAGUUCACAAGAUCCGUUUUUCUGGAUUCAUCAUGCUUUUAUUGAUGCAGUUUGGGAAAAAUUUUGUCAGCAGUUACGUCAUCGUAAUAUCGAUCCACAAGAUGAUUACACCAUUAUCGAUAGUCUAUUUCACAAACCUUAUAGAUUUAUGGAUCGUCUAUUUCCAAUGAGGAAUAUCGAUGGAUAUAGCGAUUAUUUUUCAAAUCAUAUCUAUAAGUACGACGAAUUUGCAAAAUGUCCUUCAUGUCUGAACUCUCCAUUCCUGAAAUGUGAUUAUUCUUCAGACAAAUGUGUAAGCAUAGAGGCGAACGAACCACGAAGACGGGUUCUCGAACCCCUAAGGCGAAUAACAACAAACCAUUUAUCUACACCGCAAAAUGGAUUGACGGUUCUCUCUGGAGAUGAAAAUGAUUGGGUCUAUGUUCCCAUUAAAAUAAUUGUUCGUAAUGCACUCCACAAAUUUAUCAGGAAAAACGUGAUAGCAGGAUGUGAGUAUUUAGGUUUCGGACAUGAUAAUCUAUGCUCAAAAUCUAUGGCUAUAGUUCAAUCGAAUGGAAUAACGUACCACGGAACUUACAGAAGCUAUAUAGUUAACGAUGUUUCUAUACCACAGUGGGUUUAUGCCUUCGUUGGAAUUAAAAAUCCAGGACCAGGGAUGAGUCAGGCAUUCAUUAGUGUAACAGACAAAUACAAUAAGCCGUGCGAGCCUUUUUGUUUGGAUAUGAAAGCAAGAAAAUAUCAUUCAUGUCCGGGUGUAAUUUCGUUAACAAGUACGGAACCGGAAAUGUUCUCCAGAACCCUCAUGGAAGCAUACGAUAGCGGAUUUUCAUAUAACCCUUUGGAAGUGGAUACCCUUAAUCCAAAUAUUAAACUAUCGUUUUUGUGUUAUUAAAGCUACUAGGGAUUA